AUGGAUGAGGAGAGUCGUCCGAUGGCGAGAUCUGAUGCUCAGCCACGCUCACCGGCCAGGAACCGAGCUGGCAGCGAUGCGGAUUGUAUCUCACCCAUGAGAACCUCCGUUGAUAAUGGCAGUGGUACCCGUCGAUAUAGCUCGGUUGCUUCGAGACGCAGUAAUGGUAGUGGAGUACCCAGUUUGGUUCCCCGCACUAGUCUCGCACAGCGCACGCAGGGCAAAUUCACCCUAGCUGGGCCGGAUGGAACCCCCCAGCUGCGGUUAGCUCAGGAACCCUUUGUCCAGCCGGGGUACGCAGAUCUAAACCCAUCCUAUGAACAAGCCUCCAACGCCAGACCAGUCUGGUCUCUGGCAAAGCCGCUACCCCGUGUGGUGCGGCCGAGCAUGGUACCCACUAAGGAUGAGCUCUUGCAAAACCUGGCGAAUGCCCAGCAUGCUACGGAGAACUCGCAAAGGUUCAGGCUUGACGUGGACCCAAAUGAUAUCGAGCAGGAUCGCAUUGAUAAGUCUACCGACCCGCGUAAAAUGGCUGCCCAGGUUGAGGACGCUCGUUUGCAGCGCGAGAAUAAUUUCAUGAAUAAGAUUCUCACUGGGGAUGGCACCUCCGCGAGACAGACUUCGCGCAUGUCGCGUACCUCCUCGGUCAGAGGGAGACGUCCUUUGGCCUGGGAUCUGCCCCCAGAUCAACUGUCGACUGUGCAGGAGGGAGAUUCUCCAGCCACCAAUGAACCAGAGGAGCGGCCGGAGUUCGGUGAUGGUCAGUUGGGGAAUCAAGAUCUGGGUGCAAGACUAGACGCACUCUUGGAUAUUCCAGAACUGGAAAAGGCAGGUUACCCCGAAGACCUGCACCCGCUUGUUCAGGAACUGGUCGAAGAUGAAGUGCACAAUAACCACACCACCUGGUCGGUCAUCCGUACACACCGCCGUGAGGCUCUCGCCGAGGGCCUGGGUGUGUUUGUCCAGCUCACUAUGGGUUUCUGUGUCGACUUGUCCGUCACCGUCGCUAAUCAGGGGAAUCCGAACACAACCGCCUGGGCCUGGGGCUUGGCAACUAUGAUGGCCAUCUACAUUUGUGGUGGUGUUUCGGGUGCCCACCUCAACCCCGCCGUGACCAUGGUGUUGUGGUUCUUCCGUGGUUUUCCCAAACGCAAGAUGCCCGAGUAUUUCGCCGCUCAGUUCCUCGCUGCCUUUUGCGCGGCUCUUCUUGCCUAUGGAAUCUACUACGAAGCCAUUCAAAACUACCUCUACCUCAAUCCGGAAACCGGUAUUAUUAACAGCUUUGUGACGAAUUCGCGUGAGGUUUGGGUUGGUUCUACCACGGCGUUCUUCAACGAGUUUAUCGGUACGGCCUUUUUGAUCAUCACCAUUCUAGCUCUUGGUGAUGACCAGAAUGCUCCACCUGGUGCUGGUAUGAAUUCACUGGUCAUUGGCUUGGUCAUUACUUGUCUGAGCAUGUGUUUUGCCCACCAGACCGGAGCGGCAUUCAACCCGAGUCGCGACUUUGGUCCGCGGCUUGCGCUUCUCGCUGUCGGUUACCCUAACACUCUGUUCACUGAUCCUUACUGGUUCUAUGGGCCUUGGGUCGCAGCUCUGAGUGGCGGGUUUAUGGGUGCUUUCCUAUAUGACCUCUUCAUCUUCACCGGCGGUGAAUCCCCCGUCAACUACCCACUUGAGCGCACCCAGCGCGCCCUGGCCAAGAGUGGGAUGACAUGGAAGCGCCGACUGCAAUUGAAGUAA